AUGCCACUGCCAUCACGCGCCAUGAUUGCUGCGGCGUCUGUCGGAGCUACGAUCCUGCCGAACGUGUGCAUCGGGUUUGGCGCCUGGCACAUCGGCGAUGCGCUCGCCGAGAAGGUCACUGGAAAGGACGCCGUACUGAUGCGUCCGCUCGGCGGGUUUAUUUCUGGGAUCACGACGUUUGGCGUGUUUCAAAUCGCUGGCGGCGCAGCUCUGCGUCACAUGACGCCUCUCACGCCGGCGGGACAAGCGGUUCUCUCGACGCUCCGGCCCGAAAUUUCCCGAACCAUCUUUGCCGGAGCCCUCAUUGCCGGCGUGCUUGCAGACUGCUAG